GCUGGAUAUUUUUCCACCAUGGGCUUUAUUCAGCCAUCAAGACAGUUAAAUAAGUAUAUGCCUACGCCAUCAUCUAGGCAUCUACAUCAGUAGUCAUAGUCCCUAGUCUUUGAGAGCACUCUGAUCCUAUUCACAUGUACAGGACCCAAAAACAAGUUUAAGUAAAGCCGUGGAAACUGCAGGUAGCCAUAGCAACAGCAGUGAUGUCAGCCUGGUAUCACUAAAUGUCGUAUGAAUAACGUGUCAGUUCCUCAAGUCAUUUCACACCAUUCAGACCCUAACCCCUAACCCCACCCAUCACACACACAUACACAUACACACACACACACACACCCUAUGGGCACUUACACGCAUUUUGAAUUGUGGUGGGAAAAAAAGAAAAAAACAAACGAUGGUACCGUUAUUUAUCACACCCCCAUUAUAUCCUUUGGUUUUUUAACGUUUUAUCAAAACCACUACUUGUUUAAACUACUCAUACGUCAUAUUUCACAUUUUUCUGAUUUGUUGUCUGUUGCCCGGGUGACCAUCGUUCAUCAAACUCCGUCUCCUGCCGUGUCUCGAGCCCGUCACGUGGGGGCGGCGCAUUUCGGUCUUUGUCGUUCGUCACCCACUCUGAGUUGGAGGCAGUGGUACCUCCUCACAGCCAGAAAGAAACCUGAAGCAACCAAAGUGAGGAUUUACAGGAGAAGAGAUCUAAUCAUCAUGAGGAAGAUCACAGGCAAACACUUGUUGUGCCUCUUUUUGCUCGCCUUCCCGCUGUCCUGGGCAGAAGACACAAAGAAAGAUGUGAGGAAGACUGAGAAUAACACAGUUUGGAGCCAAGCGAAGACCAGACGACUAUUUGCAAGGCGAAAGAUUUCUCCAUCACAGGAAAGUCACGUUCCUAAACACAAGUCAGAGGUGAUACCCCCUGCACGGCGCUGCGGCCGCCUGAUGGAGAGCUGCUCUGCACACGUGCCGUGCUGCGACCCCUGCGCCUCCUGCCGCUGUCGACUCUUCAACACCAUUUGCCACUGCUGGAGGAUGAACCCCCUGUGCUUAAAGAAGACAUAAAUGGAGCACAUGGAUGCACAGACACACACACACACACACAUGCACAAACACCCACCAGCACCUGGCACCUGGACACACACAUUAAUAAGCAUAGAUUAUAGGGGAAUCCACCCACGGUGCCCUCUGGCCCAUGAGAUUACCUCCUCUUUACACAGGUGCAGUUCAGAGAAUAUUAUCACAUUUCAGAGAAAACAUUUGGAAAACCAUGAAACAGUUUGAGGUUAAAAGUGAAAGCUCUUUUGGUGGCUUCCACACUUUUGUUGGGGAAGGAGAGGUGUGAAUGAAAGAAUGAAGCCAUGUGAUGACAGUGUUUUUCUGUCCUCAGUCUUCUGAGGCAUAAAGGUGAUUAAAAAAUACCCACAGACAUGUUUACAGACUAUCUAGAUACCCAACAUACAGUAUGUAGGUAUAACAAAGGAUGACUGACAUAUGCUUUUUCAUGUAUGUAUACAAUCACAUGUAAACUGUGUGUCGUAACUCUGGUAUUUCCCGCACCAUUGCUGCUUUUGAUUAUCUUUAUCAUUUCUGCUCUCCUGCCAUGUUAAUCUUGUCUGGACGCCAAUAACUGGAUUUACACUGGAAUAUAAAUUUCUUUUUUUAAACUCACUGGCCUACAGACUAAAUGUGAAAAAAAGAAUCAUCUGAUUUGGGUUAUUAAUGGUUAAAAACAGACUUUUCUAUUCCUGUGUAAACCAUGCCUUGGAGAAGAGAUGAUCUGGGGUUCCAAAUGAAGAAUUACCAAUUAUUCAUGUGUGGAUUUAUGACAAAAGUCAGUUUAUAUUUUUGCUAUUGAAUAAAUAUGUUGUAAGCCUA